AUGAACCAGCGUAGAUGUCCCUGCUGCAUUCCUACGGUAAAAAAGAGGUAAGAUGUGAUUUUUCUCUUGGCCAAUUUCCUCGUUCUUUCUUCUUGUUCGGAGUGAACUAACAGCAAAGCAUAUAGGUAGCCCAUUAUAUAAAAGUUAUGUAACGGCGAGUUGAACAAGGUGAUAGCAAAGGAAUACGAUUUUAGUACGGAUUUUAAAAAUUACUUCUAAUUUUGGAACCUAGAGAAAAUAUUAAUGGCCCCAGAAUCAUCUUUUCACUGCCCUGCGCAUAGGUGUAAAUCUUAAUUGCAAUGCGUAACAUAACUUAAUGAAGACUUUGGGUUUCAGAGGCAGUACCUUUGCCUAAUAGAAUACUCCUUCUGAUCAACGGGACAGUUCAAUCGGGAUAUGCGCAUAGGGUCGGAACAACUAUAAAUCUCGAAAUAUCUGGGAAAAAAUUAUCAACAGAGGAUAAAAAGAAGGCGUUUUGUCCGACUUUGUUCUGCCAUGCACAAUGAAGACACUUUUAUACAUUUUGUGUCGGUCGAUCUUGAGACAUCUGACGAGCGGGCAAGACUAGCGUGCAUUUAAGGACAAAAAAUCCCUACACUUGACUAGCUGUGUACAACUGAGUAAUAUGUUUUUUUCGGGUUUAGACCAUCUAUAACUUGUUCAUCGCCCCAGAGGCGCCCUACACCAGAGCCAAAAAUCAGGUAAAGUUAAUUGUUAUCAUAUUUUUUCCUGAUUUUAACUUCAGACCUGAUUCAUGAUUAGCUAUUGAACGCAUAAACAAGACCUAACUUUCUUUCAUCGUAUUUUACCGAUUAUUUCUUGUUUUCGGUUAUAACGCAACCAUCUGGUCCGCGUUCAAACCGAUGGGUCGCAUUGAGCAUGUAUCCGAUGCCACGUAUUUUAACGAUCGAGAUUUCAAGCAACUAAUUAAAGACUAUUUAAUGUAUGAUGGAUUCUAUUUUAUAGGGCCAAUAAGUAACAGAUUGUGGAGCAUUAUCAGCGAAAACAAAACAUACACAAAGAUAAAGGAACUCGUUUUCCAAAAAAGGAAAGUUGAGCAAGAUAAGUAAAGGACUUUAAGAUGGUCCGAAAUAACUAUGACAACGUAGCUAUUGGUUUUGAUGUAAACUAAUUUUAUGCUAUUUGUUUCAAAGCUUGUACGAAACAACCAACGGAAAACAUUUAUAUAUGUAGCUGAUAGGGUACCGACAUCUAUUACAAGUCGAAAACUCCAAAAAUUGAACUAUUUAUAAAAAAUGGACGACGCAAAUGCCAAGUGAUAACCUUCAGAUUCUUAUCUUUAUUAAAGACCGUCUACGCAUCCCAAGAGAUUUCCAGCAGGCGCGAUUAAUCAUACAUUCUUUGUACUACAAGAAAGUAUGAUUAUUUAGGUAUGCGUGGGUUCCACACGCCAAUGCCUAUCUUCCGUCCUCUUUACAUGGUGCUGUUAUCGGUAUACGCUGCGCGUUUACCGAGUAGAGGGUGGUAGACGUGCCUAUGAUUACUUUAUAACAAUAUAUCCGCGCAGGUUACCACGACGCCUGCUCCAAGACGUUAGUAACCCUCAAUGACAUCCCUGUCCCGGGCAUUCACACGAAGCAUUAGAACAACACCAUUACUUGAUUUUGCCUAGGUGAGGAUGUCGAAUCAUAAUUUCGCAAUCAGCACUUAGCAACGCAAGGAAUGAAAUAAAACUUUUACCAAAAUGGACACUAAAACCUAAAGUGUUGGUUGAGUAAACCCGAUUUUGUGGUUGCUUUAUGUUACCAAAGCCAAAGGCAGGCUAAAGAACCGUUAGAUACCGACUGAAAAACGUUCAUACGCACUUUUAAAUGCACAUAUGUUAGGUUAGUUCUUGUGUCUACUAACAGCUUGUAAACCUAUAAACAAAGUACUGGUAUAGCAACCUAAUGGGAAACGGUCACAGAUCAGAUUUCUUCAUUAUGAAUUUUUUGCGCUAAUGCGAACGAAAAUGGAUAAGGUUUCGGAUGUGCAUAGUUGACUUAAGUUUAAAAAUGUUGAAAGGUAUAUACGUGAUACUAGUUAUUGUUAAAGUGGUGUACAUCUUGGGUAAAACUUACUCUGCCUACUAUCAGCCUUGACAAGCCACGUGUAUGUGUGUACUAAAUAAAAGAAGAUUGUACAUGUGGUAGACCACUGAUCAUAAUCGGAAAAGGAGGCAGUGAAACCCAACCUUUUGUAAUUCCUAAGACAACGCCGUGUUUACAAAUGAACCAACGAGAAUUUAGUUAAAACAACUUUAGACAAACAUAAGGUUAAAUCGUAGAAAAUACAAGGAAAAAAUAUUUGUAUAGUUCCAAAAAGAUCUCACCAAAGAACUCAAAAAGAAUUUUUUUGAUAUAAGCAGUUCUCAGGUCGUUUACCAAGCUCCAAGACGCAGAGAAAACUACAUAGGUCAAAUGUGAACAGAUAAAAUACAAUUUUAUAAAUAUUCUGUGAAUUAGUGGAAAUUUUCCCUCCAUAAGAUCGCUUGAAAUACCACUUUACCGUGUAUAUAAUCUUAUGUGAUUUUGGUUGUAAUUAGGAGAACUGAGUAGGAGGUCUUCGUGCAGACAUUAACUAAGGGGGCUUUACAAAGUUGACAAGGGUCGUGGGAUGGCUUAUCAUCCGCAUAUUCGAACCAUCGGAGUUCUGCCACUUUACAAAAAAUGUUUGUGAAGUAAAUGUCCACAACCUAGCACAAACCAAUGUAAGGCAUAUAUAAGGAUUUUCGCUCCAGUGAGGUGCUUCUUUAUGGUUUCAAACCACGCACGCAUGCUACGGGAAUAUUUUAAUCAACAGAACCACUACUAUGUGGCGAAUGAAUUUUUAUUUCUAGCCCUACAGUUCUGUACACGUAAAACAUGAGUAACGAAGAUAUUUUAAAAAUUUCGCUCUCAUCGAUUUCUCACUACGCUGGUAGACAAACCGCUCUUGUAAUCCCCCUUCACUUUUGCAAUUAGAAAUUCGAAUUUCAAGUUGCGAAAACUGCUUAUGUCAUUGCAAGUCAGUCAUCUGGCAGUUUCAAAACCCGUUUGACUUCUACGGCAUUAGUAAAGUUUGACUCAUUAUCGGCAUUCCCGUUUCUUAGUGUCUGUUCUCCAACCACUUGUUGCCGAAGUUGCUGCGCAUCUUGCAACGGCUGCAAAUGUUGCCAACAGAAAGAUGACAACUUAUACUUUCUUGGUGAAACCGAGCUCUUUGCAAGCAGGUAGGCCUUCUUGAGGGUCUUUACAUUUGCUAAUGUCCAAGGCAUUUUACUUUAAUAUAGUUGUUUCAUAGCUGAGAUCUCGCAGUGGAAAAAGCUACUUUUAGAAAUCAACAAGCACCAAGAUCGGAGUUUGCGCAACUACAUGAAACACUUUGUUAAAUUUAUCUAGUAGUUUGUUUUGCUAAGGAAGUGUUGACUAAAAAUAGUUUGAGAAAGCGUCGUAUGACCGAAGUAUGAAAGUCCUUCUGUUAAUUUAUUUUUAAAUUGCUACUUGUGCAAAUGGUGUCAUUUGCUUUACUACAGCAGCAUUAUUCACAAAGUGGUAUAAGCUCUGAGGACAAGGGACGCAAAAGCGACUUUCACAUGUGCACUCUCAUAUAAAGAGCGCGAAGAGUUUUAUCUCAGAGUAAGAUAUCAGUAGGUGUGCAAAAUCGUGAAAUGUUGACCGAAAUUCCGAAAUCGUUUCCGGCUCAAAAAGAGUACGUAAGUCGAUUUGCAACAUGAAAUAUCGUGCAGUAUGAUUCCAGAAUAUUUCAUUUAUUUCAGGAUGCCGGUCUUUGAACAAACCUUUUUUCUGGCCGCCUGCGGAAAUCAAACUCUGUAGAUAGGGACUGCUUAUUUAGUAUGAAUUUUCUUUUUAUUCACUUUUGACGCCUAUCGCAAAUUUAAAUAAACUUCUUAAAACACAUAAAUAGAAAUUUUCCUACUUUUAAUCAUUUAAAAAAGAAUUAAGUCUUCUUCAAGAAUUAUGCCUCAAAAAAGUAAGUGGUUUGUUUUUGAGAGAGUACCUAUGAAGGGGAUUUUUAAGACCGUUUAACUUCCUGCCAUAAGACGUCGUGCCUCUGCUUUUACUAAUGUUGCUUGUUAAGUUUACAAUAUGACUCAAACACACUGAUACAUUUUAUGAGCCCAGAGGUUCUGGAAUGCGUUUUCAAUUAAGAAGGAUUAUUUUGGUGGAUUGUGAUCAUGAUUAUCAUGCGAUAUAAUCCCACAGUAUUUCAGAUUUGCCAGAAUAUCGGCUUUUGAACGCACUUCUUUUCGACUUUUUGCAGGAACCACAAUAGGUGAAAAAUGAAUGCUUAAGCAGCAUGCGUUUUUCACACUCAUUUUUAAUGUUCUUGUAUAUUUAAAUAUAUUUCGCAGAAAACAUGCACAAAAUGUGCUUUUGUUUACUCUUUUGGUUGAAAAUCAAAUUGUCAGCACAUCUUAUACUUAAUGAAUUUGCGUAUAAAGGUUUUGAAAAAGUUUCCCAAUUUCCGAAUAACUUUGAGCUAAAUUAACCUUGCAUUAGCGCUUUACGAUGCAGUUUCAGUCCGAACGGCGCAUGCUUUUCACGUAAGAAGAAUCAUAUUUUCCUCAGUGCCCUUUAAGGAGAGACACUGCGUACUUCAUAAAAUUUUGCAAUGAAUGCGGAUUUUGUUGUACAUUUCAUUAGGGAAGCAUUAGUGAACGGACACCUGCGAUGCUGUAUACGUGGACAUUGCACAUUCUCAAAAAUCUCACAAUUAGAAACUUUUUAAAACCAAAACAUAACGUUUCUUAGGGUAUAAGAUGUGAUGACAAUGUGAUUUUUAGCCAAACUGGUAACCAGAAGCGCAUUUGGUGCAUGUUUUCUACAAAAUAUAUUUGAAUUUAUAGGACAGUUAAAAAUAAAUAUGAAACCGCAUGCUACUUAUGUAGUUAUUUUUCACCAAGUGUGGUUUCUGCAGGAAGUUGAAAAGAAGUGCAUUCGGAAGCCGACAUCCUGGCAAGUCUGAAAUACUAUGGGAUUAUGUCACAAUAUACUUAUUGCUGCAACACACCUAAGUAUUAUUUCUUAAUCGAAAAAGCAGCUCAGAACUUCCGCUAACAUUUCAUGGGAUCGGUCGCGCACUAUAUCUUAUCUCCUCUUACCAUCCAGUGCCUGAAGUUUGAAGUAUUCUGGUUUUAACCAUGAGUCGUUUUUAUCUGAACUCAAGUGUCAUAUAGUAGGCUGCCUAUAUAUCAUUUAAAAGGUCCAUCAUAAUUAUUUAAUGAAAAGGCAUUUUAAAUCUGGAACUUAAAACGGCAUAAAAAAUUUGGAAAACGCUGGAGCACUUGUCAAAUGAUUUAUGGACUAAAAUUUUUUAUAAACAUAACAGCUAAUUCCGGUAAAGCAAUUGCUUGAGUUUGACAGUUAGGAGAUCACAUGUGCAACAUUUGUUAAGAAACAAUUAACUGCUGGAAAUUCUGAAGCACUCCGUGUCAUCUAUCCGUUGCUUGUUUAAUAGUAUUUUCUGUUAAGGUCUGUACAUAUACUGCGCAAAACUUUACAUAAGAACGACAAGUUUUGUAAAGUCUGUUUUAGCCUUAUGUUAUCAGCGCCGUCUAAUCAGAAAUAAAAAAUGUUUUCGCAGAAGGUGACGUCUGAUUUUUAUGCAUCAUAUCUUUUGCACGCCCAUGGACAAUAAUGCAAGCGAAGUUGAUACAUGUUAUAAAAUUAUCUUCAAUAAUUCUCUCCAGAACAACUGUGUUAAGAUCACAGUCGAAAUAAUUUUCGACUCUUAAAUAUAUGGCAGCUUAUAAUAAUUAAAGUCGUAUAAUCUUUGAUAGUACUCUUUGCAUAUUUCUAUUUUGGAUGCAGGUGUUUGGUAAAUAACCACAAAUCCGUUUUUCAUUAGUGUCUUAAUAUGAGCAUUGCUUCAGCAUACUUCCACGUUUACUCAAAAGAAUUUAUUAUAGUUUUAAACUCAGACCGAUAGUGUGACCUGGUUUAUGUGGUAUGAGAAAUACAUAAACAUUUUGAUCGGUUGACGCCUAUUAGAUUUUCAUCUAAUCUUUUAGUUAUCUAUCAAACUACAGUUUUUAGUAGAAAAUACAAAAAACUGCAUGUUUAAAUUUGAAAACGCCGACGACAUGUAUGAUGGCUACAACGGCCUGCAGUUACCACCACCAAGUCUGUGCUCGCCGUUGGGUUGGCGUCAGAAAACGUCUGGUGUAAAGCAUGUGAGAGUGGUCCAUGAUCUAAAGGACUGCAAAAACGUACUUUCAGAAACUGAUGGAAGGACGCAUAUGGUCCAUCUCAAGCCCAAGCUGAAAAACUCCUCUUUAUGGAUAUUUUUGUCGACCCAAAGUUAACAGGAUCUGAGAGUACCUGACGAAGUAAAAAAGUUAUCAAUCAUUCACUCUAUAUAGGCAGGAUGUAUUUCCCUAUCGAUCAGGCCACAAACAACAAAGCUUGUAGUACAUUACCAGAACUUGGAUAGAGGAUGUUCCCUCACAAUGUGAGAGCCGUCAACUGGGUCGAACAUUUAUCUCUGCUGAUUGUUUUUAACUUAAUCGAUUUGAACAUCCCCUAAAUUCGUACACCACUAAACAAACGGUGCUUGAAAUAAGGUCAAGGAAUAUCUAAAUGGAAGACUAUGACCGAAUCUUCCCUAAACAAAACAGAAUACGUUGUACGUAUCAAGUGUGAUGUUUUUCUAAGUGUUGUUUCCUAUAGUAGUUCUUAACAAAUCUAUGUAUCUGGCUAAAGGAAAUGUUUUCAUUCAGAACCCCAGAUUUUCACCGGGAUAAAACUUAAAAUACCCAUCGCACAAACUUUAAUAUCCUGUAGCGUUGUAUUUUCACGGUAUCAGUAAAUACGCUGGCGGCCUACAUUGGAACCAUUUGCUCCAACUCCCGAUAGCAAUCAAUGUUCUAAACAACUCAGAAAACUGAUAAUCCUUUAAUGAGCCCAUAUCACAUGGCCCAUCAGUUUUUACUAAGAUAGUUCCAUUUCCGAAGAUGUUGACAUUUUCACGCGACCUGUUUAGAGUGGCCUGUACUGCUGUCCGAUCUUUCGAUUGGCAUACGGUACCGCAGCAAUAUGGUAUACUAAACGUUAAACAUGAUUUAUAUGUUUGUCUCUCUCCAGGCUAACCUUAUUUUAAAUAACUGCCUUUCAUCUCGUGUGAUACUUCUACUAUGCUUUUAUUUGCAAGGCUGUGCCUCCGCUUGUUGUUAUUUUAGAAGCCUCAUAAAGUACCUAAAAGAAACGCUUGGGAGGUCGGACUCCGAGUGCAUCAAUGCACCCGUGCGUAAAAACAGAUGAAAUUAUUUCAUACUAUCAUUUUAUGCUUUCCGAUCCCAAUAUUAUUCCCUAUCUUGCAACCUUAGCGCCAUUUUUGUGUUAACUCUAGAGUUUCCUAAUGCAAGAACCUUCAAAUGUUUGUAUCUGCAAACAGACUUUAGCACCUGAGGCUUGAAAUCAUUAGAACUCCUUUUUACGAUUUUCCAUUUGAUUGAAAAGUCCAAACUCGCGAUGGAACUAAAGACGCUAUUAAAUUUGGCACACAGUUUUGGAAUAGACUUAACAUUCGUCGGCACAAAUACCGAUUGAUUUAAAGAUGCUGCUCUUCGUAGGCCAGAGAAAUUUGGCCAUAUUAAUUCAGGAGGUCGUUUUUGCUUGAGCUACUACGAUUUCUAACUCUUUUUUUAACAAUGUCGUGACAUUCUAGCCUCACCAACCAAACAGUUCUAAAAAGCAGUUUCAUUCCACCUAUCCUUCUUUACAGCUGCAGUACCGUUUGUGUCCGGUAAACAAGCGUGACCUUGAAGACGGUAAUUUUUGUGUAAAAAGAGGUGGAUCAUUGCAUGUAAACAGUAAAUUAGCUAAAAGUGUACUCGAUCAUACAUUUAUGCAAAAUGGCUCUCAGUUGCAUUUUAUCUAUUUUUAUUCAUCAGAUAUUAAACCACAGCUUUCUUAUUCUGCAUAUACCUUCCAAAUAAAGGAACGAACCUAAAUAUUAAAACGAAACAUCAUUUUCAUGUGCGAAACCAUGAUGCCAAACAUAAAAGUAUGUACAUAUCAAUUUGUCUUUUUGCGUUUAAAAAGACAAGAUUAAAAUUUUGAACGGCGUUGUGUAAUGAGAAGGUAGCUAUUCCUUAUAGAACAAUACGAGAGGUUUUCGGGAAACAUACUGUCAAAAAUGUUGACUUGGUGGUUAUAAUUCUCAAUGGAUUUUUAGGUGAUGUCGUACUACAAACUUGCAGGGGACAGUAUUUGAGAGUUCUCGCUCCAACCGACUGUGCUCAUGGAUGUCAGUACUACAUCUGCACAAUUUAUGGUAGGAAAAUUACUACUGCUCUCGUCUUUCGAAAGAUUGAACGUAUCUACGAUUUCACAAUUCACAUUUAGAGGCCGAAGAACCUGAAACUGAGCCACCCUGCGUCAUAUGCGAUGAUGAUUCAUCGGAUUCCUCGUGAGAAACUGGUCUUCGUUCUAUUGCAUUUGAAUCAUUCAUUGUUCGUUUGCAUCUUUGCCUAUUGCUGCUUCAAAAAAUUAAACUGGUAAACUAUAUUUUUACCCUUUGCUAGGUCAUCUGAGGAGGAAGAAGUAUACUUGGCUUGCAAAUGCCAGCCACCACGUCCUUGCAGGUAGGAACAAUAAACAUUUUUUUCUUAACUUAAUGACCACUUUAUAGACAAACAAAAAAAUUGCCGCUUUUGAUUUCCGAAUGUCCGAAACAGUUAGUGAAUGUGAUUGUAACUGGGUUUCUAGAAAAACCUAUAACCAGACCCCAUUGGAAAACACCUAGCAUCCAUCAACAUGUAACCGAUUUCAACAAAAUAUUACCGACCGACUUUGACUGUGUGAAACGUAAACAGUGAUAUCUAAAUAUGCAGCCUUGACAAGAUCAGUAACCCCGAAUAUGGUAGUCAAUAGAUGGAGAGAUAUUUUAAAUAUCCAUACUAUUAAUCAUAGUACAUUAAGGCAUAGCGAGUCCAGGCUAUUGUCAACAAAUUGUCCCACUUUAUCCUUCAUUAGAAUUCUUAAAUGUUAAUCGAUCUUGAAGGCACUUCACCCAACAAGCAAUUAUGGUCAUUUCUGAAAAUGGAAACAGAUGUUAAGAAGUACCCUUAUGACCUGGGAAGUUUUUUAAGUUCAUGUUUAUAAAUAUUCUUCUGCAAUCUUCCGAAUUUAAGUGCAUUCAUACUGUAACCCAUAAUAUUACACUCCAAAAGUUACAAAACCUUAUAUACUGUGGUUUGGAGACAUCCAAAUUUUGCUAUUUUUCUGUUUCCUAAAUGGCUGCAUCCUCCAAGUAAUUAUAGCACAAGAAAGUUUUAGCACGAUAGUUUUCCUUUAUGCGACCCAAUCUUGAAACUGCAAAAGACUAGCCAAAAGUCCUAAUCUUACUUCAAAUGGAUGUGUCUAUAAAGUUUAGCGUUAAUCCAAAGUCCUUUGCCUUAAUUCUAGGGCCGAUAGUCUGUCAAGACGUGGUUCAUCACGGUGUCGGUAUGUAAAUAUAUGGUUCUCUGUGGUUACUUAGUGUUUCUGAAGUUUACAUUCAUUUACCAUGUAGACAAUAUCCGUGUAACGUUAGAUACUGUAUCUUUAUGGGUGGAUUUCAACUUAAUUUAAUGCAGUGGAUCCACUAAGUUGCAAUGGUAAGACGUUUGUUUGCCUGUGUCCUUCAGCACCACAAUCCCACUGAAACAAAACUAAGAAUAACAUCUAUUAAUUCGUAUAUUUAGCUCUUAAAAGCAGCAAUUUUGCACUUGCUUUAUAGUGUCUUGAUACUAUUGCGCACAGUACAUCAAUUCAGAGAAACAGUUGUCUCCACACUGGAAUAUUUUCACAUCACAUGUUAGAAAGCUUCGUGCCAAAACUACUGAGCAAACAGGAUAACGUUUUACUUAGUAGGUAUAAAUAAUAUUUGAUCAGGUCUCACACUUAACAUGAAAUAUUUUCAGACCCAUAUAAAAAUGAAAAAACUCUAAUCCUUAGAGAGCAGACUUAUUUUGUUGCAACCAUUAUAAUUAAGCAGACGCGAUGUUCCAGAAAUUUAAAAAAGCAAAACUACUUCUUACACGACUUAAGGAAUCAUAUUGAUUAAAAAUAACUGUCCCCGAUGCCAUUUUUAUGAUCUGCGGAUUUCUCAGUUUAACUGUAGUUUUUAGCAUUGUUAAGAGCACAGUAUCUGCAAAUAUAUCUCUUAGCCGUUCAAAACAAAUUAUUACGUCCUCUUUAGCAAAGGCGGAACAGAAUAUGUUUGUGGAAAACAUGUGAAUAGCGAACAUAAUUUGAAAUGCGUCAGGUUGAUACAACACCAUUUAUGCUGCACAUCUGAAUACCAAUUUACUUAGUAAAAAGUAAAAAAUCAAAUUGCGAAACUGUCGGUUUCUGUAGUCGUAGUGGUAGUUGACAAUUUCACAGGGAAUGGUGGAGAGUUUAUUAGGUAGUGGUUCAUGUUUAUGGAUGCUAACUACGAGAGAUCUCCAUACCAUUGUUCUUUGUUUCUAAAAAUCGUCCCUAAUUCAGUCAUUUGAAAACUGUAGACGUUCUUUUAAAAAAAUAAUAAAUCCUGCAUUAUUUUAUCUCCAUAAACCGGUGUUGUCUAAAUAUCAUCCUCCAAUUUACCAGACAGCCGUAAUUUCGCUCUUAAUUUUCCGAAAAAGUGCUUCCCCUUGAAUGUUAGGUAUGACUGAUUUUUCUGACUCCCAAAUGCUAAGACGUAAGACAAAGUUAGUUGCGUCAUUUAAUUUCGGAUAGAUAAGCCUCCGACAUCAAAAAAACCAAGUUUGUUUUAAGUUGUCCCAUUUUAAUGUUUCUUCUUUUAAGAAGAAAGUCUCGUCAACGCGCCUUCAGAAUAAGAACUCCGAGCCGAAUGCGAAUUGUGAGAAUUUUUGUGUUAUUUUAGGCUCGUCGCUGAGUAACAGAUGUCCAAAUAUGCCUUCUGGAAAAUUAAUCCACUUGUCAUCCAUGCGGUUUUAAAGUGUAAAAGGCAUAUUUCUAUGCUUCUUGUUGAAUAAUUAAUCAGAGGCUUUCAGUCAAAGAUUGAGAAACACUUAGAAAGGUUUCAAGCUUGUCUGAAAAACUGCCUGUUUCUAAGAUAUUUAAAAAUGAUUAUGCUUGACUACAUUCCUAUAAACUAGGUAAAAACAAAAUUAAGUUGUCAAAAAGACCUUGUUCUCGAAACUGUUACAGUGUUAUCUUAUUGCCUUGAGUUUAAGUCUAUCCUACUUGAUUCCUUAAACCUCAGGCGUUAUGUAAAACGUCAGUUUUAAAUGAAUGUAAAGUAGUCAGUUUGUUGAAAACUUCGAUGUUCAUCACAACUUUAUAUCUCGAUAUUUCCAUUUGCCUUAUUUCAGGUGCUAUCGGAUGAUUCAUGCUAG